UGUUUGCAUUCUCUUACACUUGCCCAAAACAGAAACUUCAAAUGGGUGCUUGACCAAUAAUAAUCCUAAAGGAAAAAAAAGAAAGAAAAAAUCCUUCGUUGAGUUAAAAAUUCAGAACCCUUCAGAUUGUCGACACAAAAUCCUGUGCACAAAAAUUUCCAUCGAAUCACAUUUGGGAAACGAAACAUUUUAGUCGUCAAUGGCAAACACUUUUAUUCAAACAAUGAUUUAGAUAAAUAAAUACAAGAAAAUAUUUGGGAUUCCUCCAAAUUGAAAACAGAGAAAAAGAAGAAAAAACCAACAAAAAUUGACUUGAACUCAUUGUUUUGUUUGAACUGUUCACGAAGUUUCUCAAAGUUUCGGAUCCAAAGUGUGACGAGAUUUGUUGGAAACUAGGUUGUACAGCAGCUGAAAGAGAGCAAAAAAAAAAACAGAUACCAAAAUGUUUUGAAUGAAAUCCAAGUGGGUCUCGGUUGAUUUGAUAGCGAGUGUUUUAUGGUUUGAACGGAAAGGAUAAUAUCGUGAAGAACGAAUUGAAGAAAUGGGUGGCUCAGUGAGUCAAGUGUUUCGAUCGGGCAGUGCUCUGCUAUCAAAUCGCGAUGGUAAAGUAUCCGAGCACACAAUCGAUAAAAUCCACACCGUUUUCGAAAUUCUCCGUGCAAAUCCCAAGAUAUCAAUACAAACGCUGGAAGGGCUACUAACGCAAAUAGCCAAAUAUGAAAAUGUAUUGGCAAUACACGACGAAUGCGGGUAUAAUUUGUUGCAGAAAAGUGUUGGAAUCAAUCACAUCGAAUUGGCACGAUGGCUGUUGCAACGACAUCGUCCCGAUGUGAAUCGCAGCGCUUGUUCACUUCCACUUCAUAUUGCCUGUUUAAAGGGUUAUGAGGAAUGCGUUGAACUAUUGCUGAAACAUGGUGCUCGAAUGGAUACAGAGGCUCGCAUGUGUUUCCCAGGGCCAGGGCAUUGCAACAAUUGUGAACUCAGUGGCAAAUAUCGAGGUGUUAACGAUGGUGUCACCGGGGUGUGUAGCCCAAAUCACAAUGAACGUCAGAAUACAAAGCUACAGAAUGCUGUGUGCUAUGCCAUCGAUGGUGAUCAAAUUGGCGUACUGAAUAUUCUAUCACAGAAAAUGGAAGAACCUUGGUUGCCAUUCCGAGUGAAAAAACCGCUGUUGCAUUUGGCCUGCGAACGAGGUGCAUGGAAAUGUGUUCAACAAUUGGUUAUCGCUCGAAACGAUGAAAUUAAUCUAAUCAAAGACGAAUACUAUCCAAUUCACCAAGCAGUCUUACAUGACCAACGCUUUUUAGAGAUAUUAAUUCAACACGGAGCCAUCACAACGGUACGAACGUGCACGCAACAAAUGACAUUGCUACAUGUUGUGAUAUUUGUGGCACGCAAAUCCGCCGAUGAUACAUUGGCGACGAUACGCAUCCUGCUGGAACGUGGCUGCAAGGAGCUCAUCAACGAGCCCGACUCAUUGGGAAAUACGCCACUUCAUGCACUCCUCGUCCGAUAUGCCUUGGAAGAGGCACGGUACGGAUUUCAGAAAUGGAAUAAAUGGGAUAUUUUACAUUUAGUACGAUUCCUACUACAAAAUGGUGCCAAAGCAAGUAUCAAUCAAUCGGGCAAUAGUGCGUUGGCUUGUGUAUUUCGUCAUGUACGCGACUGGGAAGUUUGCUACGAGCUACUGAAUAUGCUAAUCAUUGAUGGUGAUCCAAAUAUUGUCGGUCGUGAUGGGUCGGUACCGAUCAUGGUAUGCCUUGUUCCACUGAUCAACAAAGAUCAACUGCAUCAUUUCACGCAUUCAAUGAAGGUGUGCUAUUUGAAUUGCAUACGAAUACUGUUGCAGCACGGAGCUAACCCGAAUUGUUCGUAUCGUUCGAACUUGACGCCAUUGCAUGUUUUAAUAUUUACCGUUAGCGAAAACUUGACGUUGAACUGUGAAACUCAAAAGCAAAACAAUUUCGAUUUUAUUAAGAAUAUUUUAUUGCUGCUGCUGCAGCACGGAUUAGACUGUAACACAUAUCAGCAUAUACUACAAUCGAUCAUGGAUAUGGUACAAAAUUUGCGUGUCAGUCAAGAUAUGUUGUGUAUUUAUGAAUUGGCGUUAACAUUGAUUCAAUACGGUGCCAAUCCGAACAUAGUGGUAAAUGGAAAAGCGACAUCGGGUAGUGCAAUUGUGACGAAUGAAAUUGCAAGUUUUGGCGAUAGCAUCCGAACGACAAACGGCCAGCACGGCAAUAGUGAUUCAAGUGGUGUCGGAGGCGGUGGUGGUGCCACGGGCUAUCGCAAUGCAAACGGCGGCAGCAGUGAUGGCUCGUUUCGUACACAUUCGCGCUAUAUUUUAUUUUACUACAUCAUUUUAAUAAGUAAAAAGGAGUUUUUGUUGACUGAUCCAAAGCAAACGUUUGCACGAAUCAUUUAUUUAUUUUACUAUUCGAUGUCACACGAACCGUUGUACAAUUGUCUGAAAUGUUUGCAUAACUUUUACGUCGCUCAGGUUCCAAAUCGUUCAACAGAAAGCCUAAUCGCUCUCAUUUCAUCGUUAUAUCGAAGACCACGGUCACUGAAGCAAAUCUGCCGACAAACCGUGUACACUAGCUUAAACAAUAAACUAGCACAGAAUGUCAACAAACUCAAUUUGCCAGGACCACUGAAGGAGUACGUUCUGAAUUUUGAGCCGUAAAUUUGCGCACGUGUGCUAAACCAAAAACACACACACACAAACACAAAUCGAAUCUUUUAGGCUAAUCUCUAUGGAAUAACAAAAAUAAAAUGUCGUAGCAUUUAAAAAGAGAAACGAAAAUUGAGAAAAUGAAAACACACGAGUAUGAAAUGAAAUUUCAAAUAAAAACUCACACAUUUAUCAUUUGAA